UGACGUCUGGCAGCAGCAGCAGUAGCAGCAGCAGCAGCAGGGAGGCUGAGCAAGGCAAGCAAUCAGUGUGGUUCCGACCACGGCAGAGGGUAGAGGGUGUGUUAGCUGCUCUUCAUUGCUGGUUAACUUCUACCCGGCAUCCUCGCAUCCAGUACAGUUAAUGGACGGAAUCUUAUGAGAGGGAUUAUCAGUUCAGUGGUGUUGGUGAAGGACAAUUGAUACAAAGACAGAGGAUUUGAACAGCACACGAUAAAAUAAAAAAAAAAGAAUCAGUAAGACAUAAAUAUUAAAAAAAAGUGAAUAAAGAAGAAUACAAAAGAAAACAAAAAGGAACACAAAAGAAGAAAAAAAAAACUGCAGCAGAUUUGUUGGUCCGCUCUAGACUGUGAUAAAAAAAGUAAAUAAAUAAAAAAAAGACAAUACAGCGUGCCGGGAGGAGACAAAAAAAAAAAGAGUAAAAUAAAGAAAACACGAGAGAAAGUAAGAGAGGAAAAAAGAGAGAAAUAUAAAAAGAGAAAAAAAAAAAAAAUCAGCAGUGACGUAUUUGGCGUACCUGUGAAUAUUCAGGUGAGUUAAUGAAGUAAAUAAAGGUGCAGAAUAUAGUACGCAGUUUGCCCGAAUCUUGCAGCCUUUCAAUGGACAAGUGUGUAAUUUUUUGGUCAGUAUGUGAUUUCCCAGAAGGCGACUAAUGCAGUAUUUAAUAAUCUGUGCUGUAUUUUUUGUGGAUUGUACAGUAUCAGUCAAUAAGUCAAUUAGUAAGUCAGUUAGUUAAUGUAUCUGUCUGUCUAUUUAUCUAUCUGUCUGUCUGUCUGUCUGUCUGUCUAUCUGUCUGUCCGUCUCUCUGCCUUUCUAUCUAUCUCUUUCUGUCUAUCGGUUACGUAAUCAUUCAGUCAAUCAAUCUGUCUUGUCUAUCUAUAUCUACCUACCUACCUACCUGUCUACCUACUUACCUAUUUAUCUAUCUCUAAUUAUCUAUAUCUAUCUAUCUAUCUAGGUAUCUAUUUGUCUGCCUAUCUAUUAUCUAUCUGUCUGUCUAUCAGAACCAGAUAAUCGAGAGGAAGGUUAGUCUUUCAUCUUGACCAAAACAGUGUGAAAAGUGGAAAUAUAUAUAUAAAAAAAAGUUUAGAAAAUGAUUUCGUAAGAGUUUAUCUAAGUGUAUAUAUGUACUGUAUGUGUGUGCAGAAAGUGUACCCCAUAGACUGCUGUGUGUACGUAGGCAUGAAUAAAAAUGAUCUUGAGGAAGUGUAGAAACGUAAUCUAACUUAACAUAGUCUGACGUAACCUUACAACUAGAUAUCAAGACAAGCAAAGUGUGAACAUGGUGGGGAAAAAGUUCACUUAGAAGACAUUGGACGCAAGGAAUUGAAUGUGGUUUUCUAAGUUUUAAGUGUUGAAAGAGAGAACUUAAAAAAGGUCUGACGAAAAAAAAAAAUAGUUUUCUAAAUAUUAAGUGUUGAAAAGUGGACUUAAAAGUGGACGCAGGAAGUGAACAUGGUUUUUUAAUGUAAAUGCUGAAAAAAAAAAGUGGACUUGAAAUAUUGCACACAGGAAUUAAAUAUGAUUCUGUAAGUGUUAAGUGUUGAAAAGUGCACUUCAAAGACUAGACACAAGAACUGAUUAUGAUUUUGUAAGUGUUAAAAAAAGUAAACUUAAAAGAUUGGACAGAAGAAUUGAAUAUGAUGUUGUAAGUGUUAAGUGUUGAAAAACUGAACUACAAAGACUGGACGCAGGAAUUGAACAUGAUUUUAUAAGUGUGAAGUGCUGGUGUGCAUUAGUGUGUGUGUGUGCGUGACGCGAGCAGUGAUGGCGAAAGGAAACUAGGGCAGCGGUAGUGACGGGCGAAGGAAGGAGGGUGGCAGUGAGGCAGUGACGGGCAAGUGACGCCGCCUCACCUGUGCUGGGGGCAAGUGACGCCAGUGUUCCGUCAGCCCUUGAGGAUGACGCGCGUCACCUUGCUGCUCUACACCCUCACCCUCGGCGCCAAGGUGGUGGUGGUGGCGGGGGACGAGCAGGAGUACCGCCUCACUCGCUACCUCAUGGCCAACUAUGACCCGUCCGUCAGGCCAGCCCGGGACUCCUCGCAGGCCCUCUCUGUGGUGUUCGGCGUGGCCCUGCACAGCAUUAUUGACGUGGACGAGAAGAACCAGAUCCUCACCACGAACUGCUGGCUGACGCAGGUGUGGAAUGACGUGCACCUCACCUGGAACGCCUCUCACUUCGGUGGCAUCCAGGUGAUCCGCGUCCCUUUCCAGCGUGUGUGGAAACCAGACAUCAUUCUUUAUAACAACGCGGACGCCCAGUACUCAGCCGCCACCAUCAACACUAACGUGAUCGUCACCUCGAGCGGGGAGGUGACGUGGCUGUCUCACGGCAUCUACAAGUCCUCCUGUGACAUGAACGUGGAGUUUUUCCCCUUUGAUGUCCAGUCCUGCAAGAUGAUGUGGGCGUCCUGGACCUACGACGGCUACCAGCUGGACCUCAUAAAGCAAAUGGACACAGGGGACAUGUCCAACUAUCAGUCCAACGGAGAGUUUGACCUGGUGGAGUUCACGGCAGCCAAGAACAUCACUUACUACUCGUGCUGCCCAGAGCCUUACCCGGACAUAACCUUUACCAUCAAGCUCAGGCGGCGACCAAUGUUCUACGUGUUCAAUCUCAUCCUGCCCUGCGUGCUUAUCAAUGGCAUAGCCCUUUUGGUGUUCUACGUGCCGAGCGAGUCCGGGGAGAAGGUGACUCUGGGGAUCUCGGCGCUGCUCUCCAUGACUGUCUUCCUCAUGACCAUCAGAGAGUCCCUGCCGCCCACUGAGAAGACACCGCUCAUCAGCAUGUACUAUGGGGUCUCCAUCUGCCUGGUGAGCUUCGCGUCGGGCCUGUCCGUGCUGACGCUCAACAUCCACCACCGCGGCGUGAGAGGCAUGGAGGUGCCGGGGCUAGUGCGGGUGGUGGUGCUCGGCUGGCUGUCCAAGCUGGUGUUUCUGCAUUUCGAGCCUCCCGUGGUGCUGCCCCAGGAGGAUAAGAACGUCCCAUUGAACGACCUCAGGCCAGAGCGGGGGCGGCGGAUCAAGCUCACGUCUCUCAGCCCAGACAAGCUGCACAUGACCGAGGUGGAGAGCGUGGAUCACUUCAGCGUGUCGCCUCGCUUCCACCCUCACCGCCUCUACCCCCCACAGGCUCCCAACAACGACACCACCACCACCGCCACCCCCACCACCGGCACCACCACCACCGCUACCACGCAGCUGCCCUCCCAAACUACUGAUUUCGAGCAGCAGUUCAUGCGGGUGUUGAACAAAGUGUACCAGACCAUUGAGAAGAACGAGAUGCGUCUGGGCGAGCAGGACCGCAAGGAGGCAACCCGCGUGGAGUGGCAGCAGGUGGCACUGGUGUUCGACAGGUUCCUGCUGGCUUGCUUCCUGCUGUCCACCAUCAUCGCUACCACCACCAUCCUCUUCUCCUCCCCUCACGGCCCCUGACGCGUCUUGCUGGAGUUCUUUGGUCAGCAGUCCUCUGACGCUGCCGAAGAGUAGUGGCGGUCUGGGAGUGCGGGAAUAAGGAGAGAAAAGACGGAGGGUUUUGGUGGCAGGGUGACUCUUGGGUACUGGGUAGAUAUUGGGUUGGGUAUGGGUGUGGGUAGGGCUAGUUUUAAUAGUGUGUGGUUGGUUUAUGUGUGUUUUUUUCUUGUUAUUUUCUUUUUUGUGUGUUUGUGUGUGUGUUCGUUUGUUUUCUUUUUCCAUUAUUUCGUUUUUUUUUAUGUAUUUUUUUUCUUGUGUGUGUGUGUGUGUGUGUGUGUGUGUGUGUGUGUGUGUGUGUGUGUGUGUGUGUGUGUGUGUGUGUGUGUGUGUGUGUGUGUGUGUUUUCUUUUCAUCUUUAGUUAUUUUUCUCUUUCUUAAUAUUUUUUUUUCUAAUAAGGAAUUAUAUAUUUUUUUUGUUAUUUAUUUAUUUUUUUAUUUGUAUAUUUCAUCUUGUUUUCUAUUUCUCUUUUGUGUGUGUGCCUUUUUUUCUGAAUUUUUUUUCUCUUAAAUUUUUAGUAAGGAAUUAUUGUUUUUUGUAUAAUGUUUUUUUUCUUGAUCUUUCGUCAUAUUUUUCUUGUUUGUGUCUUUUCUUCCAUAAUCUUUUUCCUUCUUAAUUCUGUUCUAUUUAUUUAUUUAUUUUUCUAAGUAUGAAUUAAAAUGGUGGUCUUGGUUUGUUUCUUUUAUUUAUUUAUUUUUUUUAGUUCAUAAGUAAUAUUAAUUUUUCUUUGUUUUUUUUUUAUUUCUUAGCAUUCUUUUAGCAUUUUCUCGUUUUAUUUUUCUAUUCUUUGCCUUUAUUUGUUAUGUUAACUGUGAUAACCUCCUUGUUUCUCCUUUUCUUUUCCUUCUUUUAUUUUAAAAUUUUUCUCUUCCUCCCAUUAAUUUUUCUUUCCUCCGUUCUUUUUUCUUUUUAUAUCAAAUGUGAUGAGAAAUUAAAGCUUUAGUCUUUUCUUUUCAUUAUUUUUCUUUCUUUUUUUAAUUUAUUUUAGUUUCCAAUAGUCAAAUAUUCACAUUUUCCUUUUAUUCUUUAUGUUUGUGUCUGUCAGGCUGUCUGUUACUGUUAUUUUCUUUCUUUCUUGCUGAUGUGUGCGAGAUAUAUGUGUUUAUUUGUUAGUUUGUUUAUUUAUUUAUUCAUUUAUUUAUUUAUUUAGUAUCUAUCUAUCUCUAUUUAUCCUAUUUAUUUGUUUGUUUAUUUGUUUGUUUAUUUGUACAUGUAGUGUAAUGUCGCGUUUUCUACCAUUUUUCAGUGUGUGUGUGUGUGUGUGUGUGUGUGUGUGUGUGUGUGUGUGUGUGUGUGUGUGUGUGUGUGUGUGUGUGUGUGUGUGUGUGUGUGUGUGUUCUUUAUUUCAAUCUUUUUAAUGCUUACUUUCCUUUGCUUGUUUUGUAUUCAUAGAUUUGUCUAAUUUUCUUUCAUACACAAAAAAAUACUCAUAUUUUCUUUUACACUCGCAAUUUACUUCUCCAUUAAUUCACCUAUGCAUAUAUUAAUAACCACUUAAUUUCUCUCGUUGUUCUUUAAUAUAAUUUUUCUUUCAGGGUCAUAUAUUGAGUGACACGAACCUUUUUAUUUCUCACUCGUCUUUACUGAUGUUCUUGCCGUCUCUCUGUCUUUAUUUAUUCAUUGGUUUUAUUCGUAAUUACUUGUACAGUGGCGGGCAGAAGUCGAGUAAGUUUCUGUACUAAUUUUCACUGUUUUGUAUUUCUUCCCUCAGUCCAAAGUUCUCUGACAUCCUAAGAAUCUAUCAGUUAUUUACUAUUUGUACAGUGGCUUUCAGAAAUCAAGUAAUCCAGACUCACUUCCCCUUUGUAUUGUGUCUUUUCCUUCAGUCUUAAGUCUAAGAAUCUAUCAAUUGGUAGGUUUUUUGAUAGACUUUAAUACUCGAAUCCUGCCCGCGACUUUACUUCCAUUUUCAUUUAAUUUAGUGAUGCGUUUAAAUUUGCGUUUGCUUGACUUAUUUGGACUAUUUGUGACUACUAAUUGACUCUGACUUGCCAAGAAUCUAUCAAUUGCCAUGUUUUGUAACAAUGUUUGAUUCCUGACCUCUACUUACUGUCCAUGUUCUCGUUUAAUGUCCCUGUGUUGUGUUUGAAUUUGUGUUUAUCUUACCUAUUUCGAUGAUUUUUUAAAGUGAAUUGACUCUGAAGUGCUAAGAACCUAUUAACUGUGAGGUUUUAUAAGAGACUAAUACUCGAUUCCUGUCCUCCAAUGUACUUUUUUUCAUAUGAUAUCUACGUGACGUGUUUAUAUUGGUAAUUAUUUGACUUAUUUUGCUUAUUUGCUAAUCUGAAUUGACUCCUGAUUUGCUAAGUUAUCAAUUUUUGUGAGAAACUUUAAUAUUCAACCUCUGACCUUCCCUACACGUUCAUGUUUCCAUUUAAUGCUCUUGUGUUGUGUUUAUUUUGGUGUUUAUUUGAUUUACUUUGUUUAUUUUUAAUGUGAAUUGGAUUAGCCACGUCUGCCUUCCUCCACGUUAAGCUGGUUAUUGAUUGGUUUACUUAUUUAUUCGUUUUGUCACUUUUAUUUAUUCAUUUACCUUUAUCUAUUGUACAUUUGGCCUCUUUUCCUGGGUGGAAUUUUUAUUUUCAUCUCAUGCUUUUGUUUAUUUUCUUGUUUAUCUAUUUAUUUGUUUUUAUUAUUAUUAUUAUUAUUAUUUUUAUUAUUAUUAUUAUUAUUAUUGUUGUUGUUGUUGUUGCUGUUGUGUGCUACUUUUUUGUUAUUUUCGCUUCGUAUCUUUUUGUUUGUUUGCUUUUUUUUUUAUUUAUGUUCUUUUAGACUUGUAAUGCCUUUAUCUUAUCCUUAUUUGUAUGAGGUUUUCAUUUUCAUCUCGUAUCUGUUGUUUGUCUAACCAUCUCUUCUUUCAUUUAUUUUCUUUAGGCUUGUAAUAUUUGAAUCUAUUUACCCUUUAUUGUGUGACGUUUUUAUUUGUACCUCUUAUUUUUACGUAUAUGUUCGUCUCUAUUUAUUUAUUUAUUUUAUUUUUUUUUAAUUUCCAAUAGUUUUAAUACUUCUCGUGUGGCUUUCUUUUAUUUUCGCGUGUAACUUUUACAUACCUGUUCGUCUCAACUUGCAUUUCUCUCCUUGCAUUUUUUAUACCUUUAUCUGUGUACCUUUGACUUUUAUUUAACUUUUAUGAUUGUUGGUUCGAUGCCUUUCUUUUUUUUCUAUAUCUAUUUUUAUUUUAUUUUAUUUUAUUUCUUAACCUCUUACGACUCAACUCGCCAUUCUCUCCUUUAAUUCUUUAGUACUUUCAUUUGUCUGCUUCUCACUUUUGUGUAAUUUUUUUGCAGUAAUUGUUUUGAAGCCUCUUUUAGAUAUAUUUCUAUUUCAUUUUAUCUUAUGCAAUUCUUAUGUAUCUGUCUGUCCCAGCUUGCAUUUUUCCGUUUUUUUUUUUUUUUUUUUACUUUUUAUCUGUUUAGUUUUGACUUUCACUUCAUUUUUUUUAUAAUCCUUGGUUCUGUGACGCUCAUUUUUGUAUCUAUUUUUAUUUAAUUAAAUUUUUCAACGGUUUACGCAUUCAUACACAUUCAGUCAUUCUGUUUCUCCAGCUAGCGCCUUCCUUGUCUCGCUUCCUUCCUCCGUUUAUGCAUGUUUUAUCUUUUAUUUUUUUCUUUUGUUAUUCAUUCAUUCAUUCUCCUUUUCUUCGUUUUUAUGUAUAAUUCCUUUACUUUUUUUUUCGUAUGUUAACGUCUUCUGCUCUGUGUUUCUUUGUGUGUUUUUUUUUUUCAUCUCUUUUUUCUUCUUUUUUUUUUGUUGUUCUAUUUUUCACUUGGUGUUUUUGCUCUUCAGUAAAGAAUUCUUUAUUCUUUUAAUUUUACUUGUCGCUUCCCCAUCGCCCUUUUCUUUUUUCUUUCCUCUUUUCUAUUAUUAUUUUUUGGUCUUGACUCAAAAGUUUAUUUAUUCUCCAAAUUGUCUGUGUUGUUUCCUCUUUCCUUCUUUCCUCUUUUCUCCUUUUUGUUACCUUUGUUUUUCGCUCAAUAUUUUCCCCCAUCCUUUAGAGUUUUUUUGUCUUUUUUUCAUAUUUACUUUCUCUUCUUUCGUUAUUUCUGCUUGCCACUCCAAACAUUAACUCAUUCUUUAAAUAAUCUUUAACUUUUUCUCUUUUCUCGUCCUUUGGUUCCUGAUAGUUUUUCGAUAUACUUUGGCUCUCGACUAAAAUUUUUCUUACGUCCUAUGACUUUUUUUUCCAGUUUGUGCAUCGUAUCAAAUGUUCUAAGCGCUCCUUCAAUACAUGCAAGCUUAUGUAUGCAUACGAUUCGUUCAGCGGCCUUACUAAUGUUUUUAUGCAUGAUAUUUUUUCUUCUUUUGUUUAUUUCUUUUCCUAACCUUCACGUUUAAUCUUUUACAUAUUGCUCGUGUAGUUAUUGGAUUCUCCCUUGACGUAAUUCUUUUUAGCAGCUUUGAGAUGUAUUUGUUUGUUAGACAGUGUAUAUUUGUUGUAUAGUUUUGGGUACUUUUAUUUAUCUCUUCAUUUAUUUCCGUGAUGUUCUACGUAUUUAAUUUAAUCGUGUAUGUUUUCCUCUUUUUUACACUAAAUUGUUAUUGCAGGUUUUUGUAUAUUUUUGUUACGUUUUCACUUAGUCAGUGUAUAUUUUUUGUAAUUUCUGGUUACUUUUUUUUUCCUGAUUUUUUUUUUAUCUAACUAUUCAUGUUUUCGUCUUUUUUACCUUUUUUUUUUCAGCAGCGUUGGUAGAUUUUUUGUUACGUUUCCACUUAGACACUGUGUAUUUGUUACAUGGUUUCAGUUACUUUGAAUUAUCUAUUUAUUUAUUUUCGUGAUGGUUUAUUUGAUCUAAUCGUUCAUGCUUUCCUCUUUUCUUACCCUGAAUUCUUUUAGCAGCUUUUGUUAGUGUUGGUAUCUUUUUACUUUAAAUUUAUAUAUAUAUUUUUUUUUUCGUAUGCUUCGAGUAACGUUUCCUUAUACCUGACCUUGUUUAAGAGAAGAAUUUCGAGUUUCCUACAUUCGUAAAUUAAUUAAUCCUUUGCAAUUCUUCACUUUUUCUUUUCUGGGAGAGGCGAGUAGUUGGUCCUUGCUUUUUUCUUGUCUUUUUACUUGAAAUUUGUAUAUUUCUCGUAUGCUUCAGUUGACUCUUUCUACGACUUGUUCUGUGUUUAAGAGAGGAAUUGCAAGGCUCCUACAUUCAUAAAUUGAUUCUUCCCUAGCAAUUUUGUAUUUUUCUUUUCUUGGGAGAGACAGUUAGCGUGUCUCUUUUACUGUUUUUUUUUUUUUUUUUUUCAGCCUCUAAUGUGUCUUCCUUUUAUAUUUCUCGUAUAUUUCAUGUAACUUUCCCUAAUGCAUGACCUUUUUAAGAGAAGAGUUUCAAAGCACCAGUAUUCCUAAACUGAUUCUUCCUUCGCAUUUUUUUUUACUCUCCCUUUUCCGGAAGAGAGAGUUAGUGUGCCUUUUUUUUCUGAAAUUCUUUUUUUCCUCUGAUCUUUCCCCCUUGUGCAUAUAAAAACUCUUAGAUUUUAUGCAACAAUGUGUUAUAUUUUAUUAUUCUUUUGAAGCUUUCUGCACCUCUUGCAUACAGUUAUAUUCAGAUGCCUCCAUUUUUUUUUCGUUAUUUUUUCCAUAUGAAGUUCUCUGUUUUUCUUUUAAUUUGCUUUUUUUUUCUUAGUGCGAUUUAAUUUAUUCUGGUACUCGUCCUUUUAUUUUAUUUAUUUAUUUAUCUAUUUAUUUUUAUAUCUUUUCCUCUUCAUAGUGUCUUUGGUGAUGGUAAUAAUGAUGGUGACUAUGAUGGUAGUGGUGGUGGUGGCAAUGGUAGUGUGAUGGUGGGGAUACUGGUGAUGGUGGCGAUAGUAGUGGUGGUGGUGGAGGUAUUAAGUAGUGGUGAUAGUGGUGACGGUAGUAGUGGUGAUGGUGGUAGUGGUGAUGAUGAGCAGUGGUUGUGGCACAGGUGUUAGUGAUGGAGGUGGUAGUGAUGGUGAUGGUAGUAGUGGUGAUAGUGUUGAUAGUGGUGGAGGUGUUGAGGGUGGUGAUGGUAGUGGAGGUAGUGAUGGUGGUGGUGGCGGUGAGGAUAAUAGAGGUAAUGAUGGUGUUAGUGGUGGCAGUGACGGAGGUGGCGGUGAUGGUGGUGGAGGGUUGAACUUCCCACGAGUGAAUUUAUUGUCAUCAUCAGCGCGUGAGUCUGUCAACUAUAUGAUAAAACACUCCUGCGCUGCAUCUCCACUACUUUCCAAAGGCUCUAGUUGAAGUGACACGGGUUUUUAAGGGCGUUUUUACGGUUGUAGCAAUAGAUUAGCAAUAUUUCUACUUUAUUAACCGGAGAAACACUCUUGAAAACCAGGCUAAUCAUCUCUGUGGCCUUUGAAAAUAGUCGUGGUGAGAGAGCGAAGCGUUUCUGAAUUCUGGCCUUUGUGCUGCUUACCGCCACCGCGUUGCCACACCGCCACACUUAAUGCCCGCUUUUAUUGGCCGCACUUCUUACUGUCACUCACAAAUUUUUUCUUUUUUUCACUUCCACUUUU